UCUCUGGCCGUAGCGUUGAGCAUUCUUUUCUAAUGAUAGUACCCAGUAAGUAGUCUAUGGCUAGUACUACUGUUGACCAGCUGGCAAUUGUCAAAAAUAUAAAAUCAGAAUCAUGGAGGGUGAUAGAGGAACCUCUGGAGAUUCCCAGUUUAUAUCAUUUCAAGAUUUUUCACCCAUAAAUCAUCCCGGCUCUGGAGGACAGGCUCAGUUAGAUCUGGGAGCUUCGGAUCAUCGAAAUUUUGGCAAUAUAAAUAAUGAUUCAGUUGGGGUUGGUAUCAUCGAAGACCUCCAUGGGAUGCCUGACAAGACAGAAGCUCCUCCAGCAAGAAAUUUUUGGACCAUCGAGUAUUAUCAAAAAUUCUUUGAUGUGAACACAAAUGAUGUUGUGGAACGUAUAAAGUGGUCUAUGAUUCCUCAUGGUGUUGACAAUUAUUGGAAAACGCACAUUCGACCUAAGCCAGAUCUUUAUGGACCAUUCUGGAUAUGUGUCACUUUGGUGUUUUCCAUAGCCAUCAGUGGAAACAUGGCUAAUUAUUUGCAAACAGCCAAUUCUAGGAAUUAUCAUUGGAGAUACGAAUUUCAUCUAGUGUCGUAUGCAGCGACAGCUAUUUUUCUUUAUGCUUGGAUCUUACCACUUGCACUAUGGGCUGUGCUCAAAUGGACUAGUAGCCCACCAAAUAUGGAAGAGGAGCUUAUAGAGGAUAACAAAGUUCCUGGACUACUCGAACUACUUUGCCUUUAUGGAUACUCAUUGGCAAUUUACAUACCAGUUGCAUUUCUAUGGACGGUACAAAUUGAGUGGUUGCGGUGGUCCUUAGUUGGUAUUGCAGCCCUAUUAUCUGGAGGAGUCCUAUUGAGGUCUCUGUCACCAGUAAUUGCAGGAAAGCAUAAACUAAUCUACAUUACAGUUAUUCUUGGAAUGCACCUGCUACUCGCAGCAGGAUUUAUGUUAUAUUUCUUCCAUGUGCCAUCUAAAAAUGUCACAAUACCAAUAUCAGCGAUAGUAUCUACAGUCCAACCUACAGUCUCUGCUGCAUUAAAUUCAAUGAAUAAUAAAACUAUACCAAACGUACAGUGAAUUUAAACAUGUGUAAAAUUCGCAUAUCACUACAUAGCAUUCCUAAAAUUCCCAUAUUUGGAAAAAUUGUAUUUAUAUUGUACUAUAAAGUAAUGUCUAAGGGAACGACAAAAGAAAUAAACCAAAAUUACAAUACAAUUUA